AUGGCGGCCGGCGAGGCGCAGCUCUACGCCAAGGUCUCCAGCAAGCUCAAAGGCCGGAGCUCCCCCCCGGCCCUGGAGGCCCUCCUGGCGCUGGGCUUCCCGGCGCACACCGCGCUCAAAGCGUUGGCAGCUACUGGAAGGAAGACGGCAGAGGAGGCAUCUGACUGGCUGUGUUGUCAUGGCAACGACCCUUCUCUAGAUGACCCCAUCCCACAGGAAUAUGCUCUUUUCCUCUGUCCCACGGGAACCAUGCUGGAAAAUCUCCAGGAGUUCUGGAGAGAGAGCAAGCGUCAGUGUGCAAAGAACAGAGCUCACGAGAUCUUCCCCCAUGUGACACUUUGUGACUUCUUCACGUGCGAAGACCAGAAAGUGGAGUGUUUGUACGAGGCUCUGAAGAGAGCUGGGGACAAGGUCCUGAGCUCCUUCCCGUCUUCCGUCCCCCUGGUCCUCCACUCGUCCGUCAGCUACCUCGGCUUCUUCAUCAAUGACAGUCCCGCAGACACCCUCCGGGAAUUCGCGGUGACGUUCGCCACGGAAGCGUCUGUCUUAGCAGACUGCAUCGUGAAGCCUUGCACCAAGCAGCUGCACCUGACCCUGGCCCACAAGUUCUACCCCCACCACCAGAGGACGCUGGAGCAGCUGGCCAGGGCUCUCUGCCCAGACCCCGGCUGCCAGUGGACGGCCGCGCUCUACUCCCGAGACAUGCGGUUCGUGCACUACCACACCUUGAGAGCGCUGUUCCAGUAUAAACCCCAGAACAUGGACGAGCUGAUGCUAAGUCCUGGCGAAUACAUCUUCGUGGACCCAACUCAGCAGGAAGAAGCCAGCGUAGGCUGGGUGAUUGGGAUCUCACAGCGGACGGGCUGCCGAGGCUUCCUGCCCGAGAACUACACGGAGCGAGCCAGUGAGUCCGACACCUGGGUCAAACACAGGACGUACACCUUCAGUCUGGCCACAGACCUCAACCCCAGAAAGGACGACGGAGCUAGCAGCCGCCGAAACGGGGAACUUCGUCCUCCGCAAACGCCCAGGGAUGCUAGCAGCGUGCUGGCCCUGCAGGCCGCGAUAAUGAGGAGAAGUGUCCUGGUGGUGCGCCACGGAGAGAGAGUGGAUCAGAUCUUCGGGAAGUCAUGGCUGCAGCAGUGCACCACCCCAGAUGGAAAAUACUACAGGCCGGACCUGAACUUCCCUUGCAGUCUGCCCAGAAGGAGCAACGGGAUCAAAGAUUUUGAGAAUGACCCGCCGUUAUCAUCGUGUGGAAUCUUCCAGUCCAGGCUUGCAGGGGAAGCACUGCUGGACAGUGGCGUCAGAAUCACCUCCGUGUUCGCCUCCCCAGCCCUCCGCUGCGUGCAGACAGCCAAGCACAUCCUAGAAGAACUCAGACUGGAGAAAACAAUGAAGAUAAGAGUGGAACCUGGAAUCUUUGAAUGGACAAAAUGGGAAGCCGGCAAAAUCAUCCCACACGUCAUGACACUGGCCGAGCUGAGAGAGGCGAAUUUCAACGUGGACCUUGAUUACAAGCCUGCAUUUCCGCUCUCCUCCCUGACGCCGGCCGAGGGCUACGACAAGUACGUCAACAGGUGCUUGGUGAGCGUGGAGUGGAUCGUCAGCACCUGCGCUCAGGACGUGGGCAUGAUCCUGAUUGUGAGCCACGGCUCCGCGCUGGACUCCUGCACACGGCCCCUCCUCAGGCUGCCACCCCGGGACAGCGGGGACUUUGCCCAGCUAGUGAGAAAGAUCCCUUCUCUGGGUAUGUGCUUCUGCGAAGAGAAUAAAGAGAAAGGGAAGUGGGAGAUGGUGAACCCACCUGUGAAGGCCCUGACCCAUGGGUCAAACGCAGCGUUUAACUGGAGGAAUUGGAUCCAGGGCAGCUGAGAGCACCGACUGCUGGCGGUGGUGGUUGUUUUAAAUAACUUCAUAAUGAAGAGGUGACAAGUAUUGGCUGAGGCUGUAAAAUACUGUUAUUGUGAAGGUAUUUUGGUCUUGCCUGAUGUGAUUUGUCAAAGCACAAAAUGCACUUUCACAUUCCGGGACAUCUGCUGUGGGCUUUCACCUCGGCGCCUCCCACCUGAGAACCCGCUCACCUGCGAGCUCAGGUGCGUGGAGCUCAGAGCAGGUGGCAGGUGACGGAGCCACGUUGCCAGUACGUGCCCCGAGGGUCCGUGACAUGAAGGAAGAGGUGUGGCUUGGAGUGCAAAUGAGUAGCCAUGACUCUAAUUUCCAGAAUUAAAGACCCAUCACACGUUUUCAAACGGGAUGUCUUCACUUUAUUUUGUAUGCUCUUAUUCUUCAAGUUGCCAUCAUUUUUCCUUUUUCCAUUCCACUCAAUCUUUAGGUAUGAGCGAUUUUAGGCCAAAAAAAGGUAUGAUCUUCAAUAAAAUUGUACAAGAAAGCCACCCACCAGAUUAAAAGUGGGGAGCUGCUGUUUGGGGUCCACACCCGUGAUUCGGUUUCCUGUGGCUGCUGUAACAAAUUAGCAUGAGCUCAGUGGCUGAAAACUAUACACACUUAUUCUCUGUCAGUUCUGGGGGUCAGAAGUCCUCCAGAGGGCCAGCAGGCUGCGUUCCUUCUGGAGACUCCUGCGGAGAGCCUGUUUUCUUGCCUUUUCCAGCUUUUUUGCAUUCCUUGGCCGGGGACCCUGCACCCUCCAUCUUCAAAGCCAGCAGCGACGCCGCCUCCAGGCUCUCUCUGCCCUGCGCUGCUUUGCCCCCUGCCAUCUGCGGCUGACAUCCGGCCCCACUAAUUCAAGGACGCUCCUUGGUAUCGUUUUGUUAAAUCCCUAACUUAAUCACAUCUGCAAAGUCCCUUCGCAGGUUCUGGGUUUAGGAUGGGGGCAUCUUUGGGAGUGGGGGUGGGGCUGGGUGCCGUUACACAGCUGACCCACCCACGCCAUCCUUCGCUCGCAGUGGGGCUGCUCGCACGGGGCCUGGAAGGAUUUGGGACGGCUCCCCUGGUGUGGGGCUUUUUCCUAAGAAGCCAUGUAUGUGCGCUUCUACGACUUUGACUUUGAAAAAAUGUGCCCUUCGUGGGAUGUCACAGCAAUUACCAUGAAGUUUUUCUCACCACUAAUUUUUUUUUUAAUUGAGGCAAAUUUCACAUUACAUGAAAUUAAACCCUUUAAAGUGGAAAAUCUGGAGGCGUUUGGCGUUUGCUGGGCAAACACCACCGUGUAGGUCGUUGACGCCUCCUUUUCGCCCUCCUGGUCAAGGGGGGGCUGGGUGAGGAGUGGGGCAGUGGGUGCUGCCUGAGGGGGAGAGAGGAGCCAGGACGGAGCAGCUGAUGAGGGUCUCCCCAGUGGGUCCUCUCCCGGCCUGCACAGGUCCCCCCAGC